AUGGCCGAGCCUGCUGAAUACCAUGGCGGCCUCGUCGCCUUCGAGGGCCCCCACGACCUCGUCUCGACACAGCUCCGUCUCCUACCUACAUCAUCGCAAAUUGCUAUCCUCCCCAGCGUCAAGGAAUUUCUCGAGCCUGAUAGUCCCGACGAGCCCUUUGAAGCGCGCAAGUUUGUCAGGCGAGUUCACAAUGCUGUCGCCAAGAGAAGAGACACAGCUUUGGAAUUCUUGAAGGAUUCGACUCCCAAGCGGAAGAGGCUGGUCUUCAUGAAUGGAGGUACGCCCAGCGCGCAGACUGUCUGCAUCAGAGCCAUCUCUCGAAACGUGACAGAGGGGGAUAUCACCAAAGCCGAAGCCAUCUUCAACGACCUUGUCAAGGGUGGAGUCGCCGGUCUCGACAAUCCCGCCAACUCAAGCGGCUCAUUCCUUGAUACCUCAGAGGAAAUAAGCGAGGACCCCAUCACCAGAGCUAUGCGUGCUGCCGAUGCUCUCGACCGGGAAACUGCAAAUUUACAGCCUUCCAGCGACAUCGAUCUCACCGCUCCCACCGGGCGUCCGCGCCCGAGAAGCAUGAGUCUACCCAUGUACAGCUUUGCAGAUACUUUUGGUGAUAUGGCAUCGUUUUACGUCUUCGGUGGUCAGUUCAGUGAAGAACAUAUCAAGGAGGAGAGACUGGCUGAAGCUGCGGCUCAGCACCAUGGCCCAACACCCACACUCGCCAUCACGAAUUUUGACGAGCUCGAGAGAGUCUCCGGCGAAGGCUUCGAUAGUGACGGCAAACCCAUUGUAUCCGCUCCACCUCGGUCUCCAAGCUGUGUUGGCGAGUCAUAUGAGCGUGAUGAUGUAUUCUCAUCUUCUUCACCGAACGCUCCUGGCCUUCUCGACGUGGUAUCUCCCAGAUCCGACGUCUUCAGCAUCCGAUCGACAGAGCCGAUAUAUAUUGAACAAGCAUCACUCGUUCGUAUGAAAUCAUCCGCCUCUUCCAGGACAUUGAAGCGAUCUCAGUCGAUCAGCCAUCUGCACCGGAGCAACUCACGCUAUAGGGACACACUCAUGCGGCUUAAGCCUAAGGAGCAAACUGCUGCUGAGAAAUCGCCCCUGGAGAAGACUUCGGCUGAGAAUUUGAGACUUUCCGCUGAAAAGACUGCCGCAGAAAAGGUUGCUGAGGGCCGUCCUGUGUCGGUAGUGGAACUCAUUGAAGACGCCGAGAAACGGGAAAGCAGCGCUAAGCGUAUUGAAGGCGCAAAGACAAUCUACGUCAAAGCAGCCCGACCAACGAAGGGAGUAAACAAGGCAUUGCCCCCCCCUCCACCUUCCGAGAAGAGACUCCGCAAACGCAAGCAUACCAAGUCCAGGUCGAAGUAUGUCGACAGAGGAACCGACGCCGAAGAUGUCGAACUGCAUGAGACGCCAUUCCGUCCCGUGUUGCCAUUCUAUGAGGAUCUUGUCAUUCACUUCAAAGACGACAGCCCGGACCCAAUUCUUGAAUACAUGAUCAAGGCAUUCAGAGAAGGUGUUUACCCAGUUGUACUGCCUUCUUCCGCCUCUUCCGGCACAUCUACCGCCGAUGGCGACAGAUCGGCCCCGCAGACUCCAAUAUGGCAACCGGCCGAGCCUGAAGUCACCCAGUUCACGUCCACGACGAAGGUCAGCACAGAAGAGUACGACCCCUUCUCCUACCAGGGUCCCACUUACACCGCGAAGACAGUCCAGCCUUUCACCCGGACUGUGAUAAGAUCAGCUCUGCCAACACCUGCGCAUACACCUCCGCCUACGGUUUCCGAGUCGGAGGAUAAGUUCCACGACUUCAACGCUGUGCACGGUCAGACGGCUGUAGCAAUGCAGAACUCCCUUAGAUCAGUGCUGAACAUCUACUUCCCACCCAAGGGAAGGGGUUUCUCUCAGUUCAACUUCCCGUUGCUCCCCGAAAUGGACGCACUGUGGAAGCCGAUAUUCCGUGACGUUGAGCCUGGUGGGAGCCCAAGGAAGGAUAAUCGUCGGAUAGAUCAAAUCCUAGCCAUAGGUGCGCAACGUGGCGUCAAGAAAACCUUCGUCUCUGGAGUGACGAGCCAGCUUGAGAAAUUGGGCACAAAGUCGAGCGGUGUUUCAAGGACUGGCAGGCUGGAUUUCCGAUAUCUCAUCGCAAACGCGAUGCAGUCCUUCACUGCACAGCCGCUGGCCAACCAGACUCAAGACAACCCCUUCACCAACUCAUAUCUUCUGGCGACACUUAUCAUUCCUCAUCUCGAGACUUUCUUCGCUGCGCACUCUGAAGUCCGCUUUCUGCUUCUCGACUACCCCCCGGAUCAUCUCGCCACCAUCCUUGCUCUGCAGAAGUUGGCCGGUGUCGACUUGAUGAAAGUUGCCCAGGUCAUUGAUGCUCAGGCCAAAGAACCACUCCCCUUCACUCACGUUCGAGGUAGCUCCUUGGGGCGUGUCUCUACUGUGAGUGACUUGGCCUCGAGCUCGAGCUCACUCCAGUCUAAGGGAUCGAGGUCUGCCGCAUCGACAUCCUCGCGAGAUGGGCUGGCGGUUUCCAGGGCCAACCUUCUUCUCACAUCCACUGCAACCGAGGCGGAAGUUGCGACUUUCGUCUCCACUAUCUGGAAGAUCCUGAUCAAUAUCUCCAAGUUCUACUUGCCUGAAGAAGGCAAGAAGCUUGAAGAGAGUAGUGUCAAGAUUAAGCGACAAUCUGGGAACUUCUCGGCAUUCCCUCAGGCUUCAAUGAGCCCUCCGAUGUCUCCGCCAUCCUCUAGUGGCCGCAAGGCCGCGAACAGGGCAUCAGGCUCCAUCAGGACUUCGGCUCGACCUUCUUCCAUUGCAGAGACAAUCAUGAGUCGGCGAUUCAAGUCUCGACGAGGCGACAGAAAGACAGUCGGCGAUGGCGCAUCCAUCUUAACCGUCGAUAUGGACUACGAGAGCGAUCUAGACCUCGAGGAGAGACGUUUGAUGCCCAUGUUCCUGAAGAAGAACCAGGUCCGGAAGGGAAACAGCCGCAAGGCUUUGAAAUUUCUCGGCCUGGCUUGA